UCCAGGCAAACACACAGUGAGGUUCAACUUUACAGCAACAGCAGAGCAUAUCAGGUUUCCACGCACUCCCCUCAGUGAAUUACUGGAGAUCAGAGCAGCACGACUGUCCUUCACGGUCUGACCAAGCAAGACGCAUCAAGACAGAGCUUGUGCCAUGAGGUGAUUACUUUUUCUGUCUGGACAAGUCUUUUCACACCCGUCCCACCUGUAGAAAUGGGGUUACAUGAGAGUGUGAGCCCUUGGAGGUGGCAGGGCAGUGGUGGUGCGUUCAGGGCCGCAGUUGGAGUGUUGCUGCUGGGGCUCAGCCUGGCCCAGUCCGUCCCCCCACACGCUGCCUGUCCGGCUGCUGCGGCCCCCCAGAGCGUCCCCCAGCCCCAGUACCAGGACACGGAGAAGGACGUCAUGGGCUUCUUGUCAGGUUUUGUCCAUUCCUUCCUCCAAACAGUCCAACCGAACGCCCUUCCUGAAGAUCUGAUCAUGAACAUAGUACAAGAUCCUGACCAACUGCUGCAGUCAAUAGAAGGAAACCUCAGAGAAUUCCUGGUGUAUGAUGUGGGUUUCCUGGUGUGCACAGCCAUUGGUGUCCUAUACAUCGUUCUGAUGCCCAUAGUUGGGUUCUUGUUGGCAUGCUGUCGCUGCUGUGGAAACUGUGGUGGGAAGAUGUACCAGAAGCAGACAUCCUCCACUAACUGUCACAGGAGAAGUCUCUACUGGACUGCAUUCGGCACCACAGCCAUUAUCCUUGCUGGGAACGUUUGCAUGUUCAUGAGUAACUCAGACAUCAAAGUGAGCGUGGACCAGAGUCAAGUGGAGCUCAACAAAUCUAUAAACAACAUCCAUUCCUACCUCACGUCUGUGCCUCAGCAAAUCGAAAAGGUGGUGAAUGAGAGCUACAGAACUGUUGAGGAGGUUAGCAUAAACCUGGAUGCCAUUGGACCUCAGUUGGGAAAAGAGAUCAAGGCGCAGUUCAGAGGAACCCUGGACCCAGGGCUGAGUUCUGUUAGACUGCUGGAUCAAGAAACUGUUAACACCAGUCUUGCACUGAGCCAGCUGAACUCGUCUUUGACCCAGCUGCAGUCCAGCAUGGAGCGCCUCCAGGACAACUUCAAUGCCAUUAAAGAUCGCAUGCUUCAGACUAUAUCCAAUGCAAGCUGCGUUCACUGUAUCAACCUGAAGCCUGAGCUAGAGAAACUAACCCUGGAUACCUCCAUCACUAUUCCCAGCUUGAGUGAGUUCGAGUCUGCAAUGGAUGAAGUCAAUAAAACUAAUCUCCCAUCCAAAAUCAAGGAGAUGGAGGAUUAUUUCGACAGCAUCCCCCGGUGGGUGACUAAUGAGACCAAGGGUAUAGUUCAAAGCAGCAAGCAGUUGUUGGGCAACAUAAAAACGCAGAUCUCACAGGUCACCAAUGACAUCCCUUUAUCCUCUCUGACGGGCCUGAUGGGUUCUCUGGACCAGGUGCAGAGCCAAAUGUUCAAGUACACGCCACAGAUCGAGAGAGUCGAGGAAAUAAGAUGGGCAGUGUCUGUGUCCCUGUGCUGUGCUGUUCUCCUGGUGGUGGUGUGUUACCUGCUGGGUCUGGUGCUGGCCCCCCUGGGUUUGUCACCCAAAGACGACCCCACUGAGCGCUCCUGCACCGCGGAUUGUGGAGGCACCUUCCUCAUGAUGGGUGCAGGUUUCAGCUUCCUCUUCUCCUGGCUGUUCAUGAUAGUGGUGACGCUGCUGUUCCUGCUGGGCGGGAACCUCUACACCCUCAUCUGUCGGCCCUGGAACAACGGACAGCUGCUAGAGCUUUUGGCUACUCCAGGUAUUAUUCCAGGGUUCGAUUUAAGGCAAUCUUUGGGAUUGAAAACCAACAUCACUAUCCCUGAUAUCUAUAGAGACUGUAAGCAAAACCAGCCUCUGUGGACAACACUCCACUUGUAUGAGCUCAUAAACCUUGAUGACUUACUCAAUGUAUCAAAAUACACAGCGCAGAUCCAGCAGGAGUUUGAGAGUACAGUCAUCACUCUGCCCAGUGUCACUCUCCUGAGCCCCGAAUUACAGAAACAACUCAGCAGCUUCUCCAACAAGGCUUCAAAUCUUGACUCCACUGCUGUCACGGAGAAGAUGAACAACGUUUCCAGCAUCAAUCUGAAUACCACAGCAGAUAGAUUGGGUUUUCUCGCUGCUUCUCAAUCAAACAAUGGAAUAAGAAAAGAGCUUAUAAAUGAGGCCAGGGACCUGAAGCAGAUCCAGGCAGACAUAGAAACAAUCAUCAUCCCACAACUGGAAAACCUUAACUCGACCAUCAAGAGCUUUAGAUCCAUCGCAGAUCAAAUCAAUGGAACAGUGGGGGAGGUGCUGAGCAACGUGGGAACAGCACAAGACUUCCUCAACACAAAUACAACACAGAUCGUCAGGACCGAGAGCAGAAAGUUUCUCGACUGUCAGCUGGGUUACUUCACUGUUUAUGCUGACUGGGCCAAUCUCACGAUCACACAGCAGGUGGGCCGCUGUGGGCCGGUGGCAGGAGCUGUGGACUCUGUGGAUAAUAUCCUCUGCUCUCACCUUGUGGAUUCUCUGAAUGCGUUCUGGUUCAGUUUGGGCUGGUGCAUGAUCUUCUUCAUCCCAGGCAUCAUCUUUUCUAUGAAACUAGCCAAGUACUACAGGAGGAUGAAGUACUCUGAUGCCUUCGACGACCACUUAAUCAUGAACCCUAUCCCCCGGGCCCAGAUGAAAUUCACCUGAGAGGACGGCAUAUGGACUGGAGACUGAACUGCGUCAUCGCAAACUGAAGACACAUGGGGCACUCCCGCACAGAUGUGGCACAUUGUCACUCCGAUGAAAAGACUGAAAAUAAAUGUGAAUUUACCUUUUUACACGUUUUUAAAAACAAUCCAAUCAAGACAGCAAAGUUGAAACAGAUCAGAAGUCAGAGGGAGAGCCUGGUGCUCAGAACGUUAAAUGGUACAC